AAUGGAGUUUUGAUCAUGUUUCCCAUUUGAAGAAAAAUUUUAUGCGUAUUAAGUUUUUUGAAAGCGAAUUAUUUUUAGUUUAAAAGAAUUUGUUACUUAAUCAAUUCUUUUAUUAUCUAUAAUCGGUGAUACUGCCUUAGUUUUAGAAACUAGGUUUGAAUUCUUUAUAUCAUUUCUGGACACAAUGAAAUGUCAAAUAUGUGGUGGUUCUGAUUUUUUCAUAGAUGCUGGAGCUUAUUAUUGUAAUGAGUGUGGUGAAGCAAAUAAGCAAACAGAAGAACAAACUGGAAAUGAUGAAGUUUUAAUUAAUCGGAAUCUUGUUAGUUCGCAAAAAGCUACAAAGGAACAUGCUAAACACAAACCAAAAUUGUAUUCUUCUUGGUUGACUCCGGAGGCAUAUAAUAUUAUACUUUACAAACAGGUUUCAGCCUUAAUCAGACUUGGUGCUUCUGCAAAACUAAAGGAUGUCGUUCUUUAUAUGUGGUCAAGAUUUCUUCAGAAAUGUGAGAUGGCUUUCUGGAAUUCUGAUAGCACUUCUAAUAAAGUAUUUCAUUUAGAUGUUUUUCCCACAAAAAGAGAUUUUAAAUUAUUACAUGGUGAUAAAAUUGCAACAAAGAAGAAGAAAUAUUAUAAAGGUAAACGAAUCAGAAAGAAGCUUACUGAAGUAAAGAAGAAUGCUGGAAGUGAGCCUGAAAGUUCUGAUGAUGUUGCCAGUUUGUCUUCAGAGGUGACAUGCAACACAGAUGUAUCUGAUGCAUCUAGUUAUAAUUCCUCAUCAAAUCGUCAGAAAGCAAGACACAUUUAUUCUUCUCCUGCACGAAAGUUCCAUAGGAGAUUUGGCUCACUGAAAUCGGCAGCUCUCCAUGUUCGAGAAAAUUGUGUUCAUCAUAUGACACUUUCAAAGACACUGUGUUUUUGUUAUUUAGGCCUUCUUUAUACAGGAGAUCAGUUACUACUGUCAGAUUUGCUAAGAUUUGUUAAAGAAGAUAGAAUACCUUUCAGAAAGGCAUUUACCUGUCUACCUCCUUCAAUGAAACUGCAAAAUGUAGACAAAGCUUAUUUUAGAAAAAAUACUGUACCAGAUAUGCAUAAAAUUUCACUGUGGUGUGCUAAAUUGAUUGAAUUUCUCGAUCUUCCAAGAUUUAAGCAUCGACCAUUGUUACCUGUAAUUUCUCGUUUCAUCAAGGAUCUUAAUUUGCCAGAUGAUCUGGUCUCAGUUGUCAAAGUUUUAGUUCAUAAAACUGAAAAACAAGAAAGUGAGUGGUAUGAAUUAAAAAAGCGCACAAAAUCAUCUUAUAUUCCAAUUCCAUUAUAUGAAGUUAAAGCACUAACUUUUAUCAUAGUCGCAUUAAAGAUGCUUUUUGUUUUAGAUGGAGAAUUUGAGAUUGAGCAUUGUGAAAUUAUGAAAAAAAUUAACAUUCUUCAAAAAGAUGUGAAACUCUUUAUAUGGAGUGAAUGGAAGCUGCACACUCAACUCAAAGAAUAUUUAUUUAUGCCAAGCGAAUUGUUUCCUAACUUCCAUCGUAUUGAUACUCUAAGUGUUGAAAGAAUUUUGGCUAAUUAUCCAAUUGAGCCAUUGUGUGUUCUUGAUGAUAAUAAAACUGUGUAUCAAUUAAAUUCAGGCAGUGGAUUUAAAGAUGUGCUGUCUGAUAUUGUAAAUAUUCAACAGAGAAGUAUCUAUGAGCCAACAUCCUUCCCACUAAAAUCUCAAGUUAGGAGCUUUAUGGAAGAAUGGAAAACCUUUUAUGCAUUUAAUGAAACAAGAGAAAUUGAUUUCAGUAUUUUGAAAGAAGAUUUUUCGUCUCAUUUGAUUUUACCUAAACCAUCUCGGGAUGAUGCUGAAGAAAAUGAAUUGCUUCGCUUAUUACUGUCGACACUUUAUAAAUCAGUAAAAAUCUUCAUUUUGGACCAUUCGGCACCAACUGCGAACAAUAUUAUCAGGACUUCUUCAAAAUAUUGGAUUAAAAAAUUCACUCACAGAUUAUUAAUGUCAUCAAAAUCAGAGUGGUUGGAUAAACUGCCCAGUUCUUUCAAGUGGCUUUUAAUUUUUUUAAGCAAUUAUAUCCAGGCAAAUAUUGCUCAGCUGUACUGUGAAAUCAUGCAUAUAGAAAAAAAAUUGUAUAUGAAAUAAAAUAUAAUAAAUUAAUAUUUUCUUAUCUAAAA